AUGGCUUCUCAACCAGAUCUUGCCAGCUCCAAAGAUGGCGUUACCAAACAGACUAAUGGCGUCGCGUAUACCAACGGCAACUCUCACUACAACGUGCCGGCAGAGACUCUCAAGGUCUUCCAGGAAGGCAUCCUGGGAAACCCCCGCAUCGCUCGGUUUUUACCAGAAGAAGCUCUCUCAGGCCAGGUCCCAGUCCACUUCACCGGCUCGUCCGAUCCAAGUCUCCCGAUCAAUUGGCGCGAGGCAGAGUCUGUGGCCGCCCUGAAAGCCCUGGAAGCCACUCUGGUCAAUGUGAUUUUGAACCGAAAGUACAACCUCGACCCUCAGACGGUCACCAUCAAUACCGACCAUGCUAUCCUGUUCAUUUUCUCCUGUAUACUGUGGUCCAUCGACCCCGACGGCGCGAACGUCUCUCUGAACGGCAGCCUGGCGCCAGGAACCAAAGGAGUUGAUCAACACUUUCCAUCUGGUGACACGCACCGGUUGUUCGCGAGUCUCUAUCGAGGGGUGUCCUCUAACCUAUAUCGGUGUGCAGACGGCAAGUUCUUCCAGCUGCAUUCGUCCCUGGAUCCCGAUGGGCCACUCAAAUCGAUCGACCUGCCCUUGGACAGGGACGUGGGCUCGUAUGAAGAGGCAAUCCAAAUUUACAUGGACGCAGUGGGCAAAAUUCCUUCAGACGAACUGCAACACCGCACCAGCGACAUAUACAAACACGCCGGACAAGUUUGCCUGUCUAGCGAAGAGUUUUGGAACUCGGAGCACGGCAAAGCCAACCAACAUGUCGACCUGUUUGAGAUCCACGACAUUCCCAAUGAACGGCAGCCUGCCUGCUGGUGGCCAGCAACCAGCCAAACAUCCCCAUCUCGUCCGCUUGCUGGCUUGAAGGUUGUCGACUUGACUCGGAUCAUUGCUGGUCCCACCAUCGGUCGAGGGCUCGCAGAGCUGGGGGCCUCGGUGAUGCGAGUCAAAGCGCCUCACUUGCCCGACUAUGGUGUCCUCCAUCCCGAUCUCAACUGGGGUAAAUGGAACUGCCAUAUUGACCUCCGAGAGGAGGAAGGGCGUGAGCGAUUGCGGGCUCUCAUUCUCGAUGCCGACGUCGUCCUCAACGGAUACCGGCCCAACGUGUUGGCCAAAUAUGGAUUUGGCGAGCAACAGGUCAUAGAGUUGUGCAACAGUCGAGAGCGAGGCAUCAUCUAUGCACGGGAAAACUGCUACGGCUGGAAUGGGCCAUGGCGCAAUCGAAGUGGCUGGCAGCAAAUCAGUGAUGCCGUCACCGGGGUGGCAGUCUCGUUUGGUCGAGCCUUAGGUCUCGAGGAACCGGUGCUCCCUGUAUUCCCCAACAGUGACUAUUGUACAGGCAUUGCUGGCAUCUGUGGUGUCUUGAUAGCCAUCGUCCGCCGAGGCGAGCGGGGUGGCAGCUACCUCGUCGAUAUAGCCCUCAACUAUUAUAACCAAUGGCUCAUCAGAUCAGUCGGCACAUACCCUGACAAGGUGUUCGAGAAAAUGCGCAGGGAGGCGCCGGGCGAGGUCUACCGGCACUAUCACACCACAGGAUACACGUACCCGAGGAUGCUGAACAGCCUUCUCAACGGCCAAUGUCGAGAGCGACUGUUCAAGGCCGAGUUUUUCGAGGAUAGACCUGCCGACGUCGCCAUAGGGAAGGGUAAGGUGAUGAGAUGUGUCAAGCCAGUCAUUUCCUUCGAUUCGGGCAUAGUGAAGCCUGGCUAUCACAUUGGAACGAGGCGGAAUGGAGUCGAUGCCCCCAAGUGGCCAGAAGACUUGACUGUACAGCAGGUGGCUUAA